GCUCUGGCUCACAGCGCUCUAUGGCCAGGCAUGUCUGACUAGGGGAACCCGCACUCCAGGAUUUUCUGGGCUGGAGCGGGAUGCCUUCAUGUCAGACCCUGAUCCAGCCUGGCCCAGCCUCCAGCCAUGCGGCUGUGUGAGCCCUAACCUCAUCCUCUGCGGACCAGAGCUUGCCUGACCGCGGCUAGCUCACUGCGCCGGGACUCUGAGCCGAUCCCAGUCCUGCUGCAGCCCGGCGCUCUUGCGGCCAUGCGCGGGAAGCUGCUGCCGCUGGCUGGCCUCUACCUGGUGCAGGGCCUGCCCUACGGGCUGCAGUCCGGCCUGCUGCCCGUGCUGCUGCGCGCCCGCGGCCUUUCCCUCACACGUGUCGGGCUGACCAAGGUGCUGUAUGUGCCCUGGCUAUUCAAACUGGUGUGGGCCCCGCUGGUGGACACGCGGGGCUCCCCGAGGACCUGGCUGGUGCUCAGCACUGCAACUCUGGGCCUGGUGUGUGGGCUGCUGGCCUCCCUGCCUCCUGCAGGAGCCGGCCAUGCUGAGUUGCCUACCACUGUGGCUGGGCUGCUGCUACUGCUCAAUCUGGGCGCCACAGUGCAGGACGUGGCUCUGGACACCCUGGCCAUGCAGCUCCUGGAGCCAUCGGAGCUAGGACCUGGCAACACCGUGCAGGUGGUGGCUUACAAGCUGGGGGCAGUGCUGGCGGGAGGGGGGCUGCUGGCCCUGAUGCCCACUCUUUCGUGGCCUCUGCUAUUCCUGCUCCUGGCUGCCACCUACUGGUUGGCUGCUGCCCUGGCCUGGACUGCCCCUGCCCUGCAGCAACUGCCCCAGCCUCAGCCCUCAGACCACUCCUUCCAUUCCUUGCAUCGGCUAUGCCACUUGCUGGCUGUGCCAGGGACCAUGUGGACAGCGGGCUUUGUGCUGACUUACAAACUGGGUGAGCAGGGAGCAGUUGGCUUGUUUCCUCUCUUCCUACUGGACCACGGGCUCUCUACAUCAGAGCUGGGGCUGUGGAAUGGAGUGUGCUCUGUGGCCUGCUCCAUCACAGGCUCAUCUUUUGGUGGGGCCCUGCUGUCCAGACACCGGCAGAUACAGCCCCUGCUGAGGUCAGUGCUUUGGUUUCGUCUUGGGGGGCUGGCCUUACAGACAGUCCUGCUCUUCCACCUGGACAUACCGGGUGCCAGGCUGGGCCCUGGCACAGUCAUGAGAGGGGCAGCCCUGUUGAGCCUGUGUCUGCAACAUUUUCUGGGGGGCCUGACCACAACCAUCACCUUCACCCUCAUGAUGCGCUGCAGCCAACUAGCACCCAGUGUCCUACAGGCCACACACUACAGCCUCCUGGCAACCUUGGAGAUACUGGGGAAACUACUGCUGGGUGUGCUCGCAGGGGCCCUGGCCGACAGCCUGGGCCUGCGACUCUGCUUCUGCUCCUUCCUCACCCUCACUGCCAUGCCCCUCCUGUACCUGGGCCUGGCACCCAGCACCCUGGCCUGAGCCAGCAGCACAAUAAAUCCGUGUGUCCGUGGC